AUUUCAAAAAGUUGUGGGUUUUAUCUUCGUGAAAGAAAUUUAUAAGAGUGUAUGGAUUUUUAUCUGUAAGGCUCCAAAUGACACAAAUACGUGAAACGAUAGAGAGUCUCUGUGUUGUGCUCAAAUACAAUGGCAUAGCAGAAAUAACUGCUGAGACUUUCCGCCAGGCGAAGUUUGACAACCAAGACACAACAAAACCUAUGUGGUUCACUUUGAAGAAUUUAAUUCUUUGGCUUGAAAUGACGAAAGAUGGUAUAACAGUGGAUUUUAAUAGAGAACAUGGAAAUAUUUCAGAGGAAUUGCCGGGGUUGGUACGCUAUUGUAAGCAUGGAAUGUUUUCUAUAGGUUACAGAGUGAGGUCAUUUUUUGCACUUCCAGAGAACAUGGAAAAAUUAAACGGUAGUCGAGAAAUAUUGCUUGCCAUUGGAUGGUUAAUGGCUAAAGAAAACCUCAUAAAGAAAUUUGCUACUCGAGUAAAGAGGAUAAUAUCUGAAGAUUUGCCUUUUAAGAAGUCAUGUUGCGCUGGAGUAUCACUCACAGAAAAUGCACUUUUUUCGACAAGCCAUUCUAGAGUUACCAAUGAAAACGAAAGGCUACUUCGUCUAAUUGAAGAAAUUAUAUUAAUAAAGGGAAAAAUAAAUGCAGCAUUUAGAAGUCUUUUGGCAGCAAAAAAUGAAUAUUCUUGUGUUUUAAAUAGGAUUCAUAAAGCGACUCUUCCAUUUCCUCAAAAGUCCCCAUCUUCAAGUAGCCAUCUGUCAGCCAUUGAUGUCUAUCUUUUGUACCAUGAAAAAGAAUUAAUUAGACAUCAAGAAAGACUUGAACAUGAAAACGUUUAUUUAAAAAGUUUAAUCUUUCUAAUGGACAAGGAGUCAUCAUUUUGGAAAUGGAUGGAAAGUACCCUUGAUGCAAAAUUAAGGAGGAAUGAAGACUCAGAAGAGGAUGAAAUCCAAGAAUCCUGGAUGGUUAGUAAUGUAGACUACAAGCCUAGCAAAGAUAUACAGGGUAUUAAAACCCAGCAAGUAGAAUUUUCAAGGCUUUUGCAGAAGCAGGAAAAUUUAUAUAUGGAUGUCUCAACAAAAUGGAAAAGAUAUAAAAAUGCUGUUGAGGAAUCCAAGGAAAUGCAUGAAGAGUUUCUUGACGUGCUUUCUUGUCUGGACCAAGAAGUUCUUGCUGAAUUGAAUACCAUAGAAAAUGAUAUCAAUGAAAACACUAAUUUUACAGCUUUGAGGACAAAAUCACUUACUACAUUUACAACACAGCUUACUUCUUUACAAGGCCCACUUAUGUUAAUUAUCCCAAAUCUACAACUAAAGAAAAAGCAUCACAGUAGAGAGACUACCAUCCAUGAACAAUCAGCUGUAGCUAGAGUAAUUCAAGAGUUAUCUGAAAAGGAUGAACUUUUGAAGCAAGAGCUUUUAGAUUUARAGAACGAAAAUGAUGAUAGUAUGGUGAAGUUCUCUCUUACCUUGGAAGAUAUAGUUUGCAUUCCUCCUAAUUCGAAAUAAAUUUAUAGGUACAUUCUAGAAUGCAAACAUUAUAAGUACAAUAUAACUUAGUAAUAUUUUCCACUUGGUACUUUUUUGUAGGAUACUAUAAAUAKGCACUAUAUUUACUUUUUUGAUCACCUUCGUAAUUAGUCUUUGGUUAUAUUUUUAUGGAUUGGAUCCUAGCUUAAAAAAGAGAGACACUAAAGAGUUAAACAGGUAAAGUAAUUUUUUAGGAGAGGGUAACACAUUACAAAUGGUAGACUUUUAGUCCUCUGUGUUUUAAAACUCCAAAUGAGUACCAGAGUUUUAGGGGCAACCAAAAAAGUUUAGGCAUGAAUAUUCUCACCAAAUCCACUACUUUCUUGACCUGCUAUGAUUUAGAAACAAAAAGACUGGGGGUUAACUAGAAAACUUUCCAGUUAACUUAGCCCUCAGGCUCUGUAUUACAUAAGAAUUUUGUAAAACUAUAUUUUCUAUAAUAUAUCUUUAUUAAUUACUACUGCAUAAAAAUAUGACUCUAAAGGGCAAUUAAAGACAAUCAAAAAAGGCCAUUAAGAUAUUUAAAAAGGAAUAAGAUUUAAGUGUUAAGAUGUAUUUGCUGCUUGGAUAGUUAUUAAAAAUUUGAUUUCUGUUUUUCAAGCAUGUUUUUCUUGGGAGGGGGGGAGGGGAUCCCAUCUGGAGAUUGGAUUUUUUUUCCAAGAAAAAUAUGCUUGAAGGAACAAAUCAAUUAAUGAAAGGAUUUUUAUUCAAACUUUUUGGGUAAUGAAUUCAUGAUUUUUGAAAUCACAACAGGGUACGACAUGGAUGAAGUGAAAUGAUCUCCCACUGAUGCCACCCAAGACAAAAUGCUUCACGCAGACUUACGUGUUACAGUCCAGAUUGAAAAAAAUAGUUUGAACAACAGUAGCUUAUAGUCAGUCACAUUUAGGGGCGAGGGAGGAGUACCAGCUUGUCACAGACCUAUAAUCAUACAGACAUUUGUCAUUUGUAAGUAUUGGGAUCAUGCUUUAUCAUUUCAAAAGUAAAAGAAAAACUAAUAGAUAUGUCCUAAAAAAUGUUAAAUGGCCAGAAAAGAAGAACAUUUUAGAAAUUUCUGGACAGCCAACAAGAAAUAAAGAAAUCUGAUAUAUAAUCUUAGAUAAGUAUUGUCUGGAAAAAUGUCUUUGCAAACAUAACCUGGAUUUUAAUGAUUAAACUUAUUGAUGGACAUGAAAAGCAAGACACUGAAUUAGUAGCAUCAGACCUUCACAAAAUCCCAAAUAAGAAAACCUAGUGAGA